AUGCCGGUCGCAGUAGAUUCUGAACCGAUGUUCUUCCGGGAUUGCCGUCUAGAUGUAGACGUUGCUGUGCUCAAUGGGGGUGAGAUGAUGCUUGGUUACGCCAGAAGACCGCCGAACGUCGAGGUAAGUCCUCUUCAGGGAUUUGAUAUUCCCGCCGUUGCGGUCAAUGCCGCUCUGGGUGAGGGUGCAGUUGACCCUCCUGAUGGGGCUGUGGAGGACCCGACGCCCCCGGAACCUGUGGAGGUGGAGUCCGAAGGAUCGCGCCACGACCGCGCUCUCGCCCUCGCCGACGCCGCGCCGCCGCAACACCCCCGCUCCGCCCGCGACACCGCCCGUCGAUCUCCGAGCUCCGCUGCGCCUCCGCACCGCCACCUCACUGGUUCGCUCGCCGCCACGCCGCUCCUCGCCCGCGCCUACGACGUCCGCGGCUUCGCCGCCGCGCCUCGUCCGUGCCCCAUCGCCGCGACCCUCCUCGCCCGACGUCCCGCGGAUCCCGCUGCUCGACACUUUGUUCAGCCCCUCGCCGGCCCCUACCGCCCGAUGCCAGACCUCGCACCGCAGCCCGACGCCGCCGCCCAAGCUCGCUCGCAGCCGUCCACCCGCGCUGCUCCGCCGAGUCCCGACGAUAGGCGCCGUCCACCGUCGGUUUACCCCCUUUUUGGUAUUUGA